CAGAUCUUUGCUUUCAGGUGACAAACAUUUUCUUUUCGCUGUUUGACUCCCCCCUGAUCGAAGCCCAAAUUGUGCCUGCCUAACCUGAGAGGUUACAAAUUAUCGACAGCCGGACUACCAUCAAACACUUACGGAAGCUCUAAGACUAAGAAAAGUCGCUCUAGAUUCGAACUCUUGUCUUCCUGGUGUUAGGACUGAAUCACUGAAGGUUGACGUGUAAGACAUUGUGUCUUUGUUACCUCCUCUCUAAGUUCCUCGCCAUGGUCAGUUUACCUUCUGAAUACACAGAUGUGGACGAGUAUGCGCGACAUCUCAUCAGUUUCACGCACGAGCCACUCUCUGUACAGAUAACUGGUGGUAUACACGUCAACGACGCUUUCAUCCACAAUGCCUGGGAAAAGCUACCCACUGAAUGGACAACAUGGUGGGAGUCAUUGUCCAGCCCACAGGAUGCACAAAAAGAUCUCAUCAACAGUCUUCGCAAAGAGCAUGCAGCCAGAGAGCAUGAUCUUCCGGACCGGCCAGAGAGUUUAUCGACAUGGUUGGAGCGCAUUCGGAAUCUCAGUCUCGACCGCGAGCAGCUGAUUCUGCCCGAGGAAGUGCCUCACGUCGAAGUACCAGAAAUAAUGGCUAGUCGUAUGAUUACGAAGAAGUUGGCGGAAGUCCGUGCUGGAGCACGUUACAUUAACCACAUUUGCAAGACAAAUAGAAUCACCCGCGUCAUUGACGUUGGCAGUGGACAAGGCUAUCUCUCCUUGACUUUGGCAGCGGCCUGCAAUCUCAAAGUCCUGGCCAUCGAUGGCAGUGCAAAGCAAAUCGAAGGCUCCAAAGCCGCAGCAGAACAAGCAGGUCUCAUCGAAGGCGACCAGAUCACUCACCUCACUCGCUUUGUUACCGGCACAAAAGAAUUGGCCUCCGAGAUUGAGCGCUGGGCCAAAGGCGAAAAGUGUCUUCUCACCGGUCUUCACGCCUGCGGUUCGUUGUCUGAACACAUGAUCCGCCUCUCCACCGUCGUCCCCUGCAUCACCAACCUCGCAGUAGUAGGAUGCUGCUACAACCACAUCUCUCCCCUAUCACCUACGAACUCAACAGGCUUCCCAAUCUCCAACUUCAUGCGCAUCAACAACCUGCAACUCUCCACUUCAGCAUUAAUUACAGGCUGUCAAGCACCCACAAAUUGGAUCCACAACCCCGACUCCAUCUUUGCGAGAAAGUACUGGUAUCGCGCUGUACUCGAGAAACUACUCUACGACAAGAACCUCGCACCUGCAGGCCAAAGACCAGUCUGGGGCAUCAGAAAUGGCGACAUGAAGAGUUUCACCGCUUACACAACUCGUGCUCUCCGAUCUCUAAAACUGGAAGUCGGGACUGAUAUUACAGUAGAAGAGAUUGCAGAGUAUGAAGUAAGGUAUAAGCACAGGAUGGGAGAAACAGCGAUACUUUGGACGUUGUCGGUUUUGUUGUGUAGAGCUGUGGAGUCGGUGAUUGCUUUGGAUAGGAUUUUCUAUUUGAGAGAGGCUGGGAUGGAGGAGGUGGAUGUUUUGCCCAUCUUUGAUUAUAAGGAGAGUCCGAGAAAUAUGAUGGUAGUUGCUUCGAAGGUAGUGUCCGUCGAGUAGAAGGCUGUGGAAAUACAGAAAUAAAUUUGCAACAUUCAGCGAUGGUCGGGGAGAGCAGGAUAGCAGGUGCUCUCAAUGAACAACUUUCCAAGAUAGAAAACGACUGUGCAUUUGGACGGCAGCGAUAGUGGUGGACCACUACGAGAAUGAGAGAUGGCUUGACCAACGGGACGCUCUAGUGACACAACGGGUCG